CUGAAAUAAUCAGGACUCCCAUUUGAGACUCAGUCCGUCAUACGUCCUGAGACCCGGUCUGCCGUCGCCACCGUCUUGUGAACUCUGUGCUGUGUACAUCUCGUCUGAAGGACCAUGGGAGUCGAAGGUUGCACCAAAUGCAUCAAGUACAUGCUUUUCUUCUUCAACUUCAUCUUCUGGCUUGCAGGAGGUGUAAUCCUGGGUGUGGCCCUGUGGUUGAGACAUGACCCUCAGACAAGCAACCUGCUGGACCUCCAGUUUGAUGGAACCCAGGCCCCCAGCACCUUCUACAUCAGUGUCCACAUCUUGAUUGCUGUUGGGGCAGUGAUGAUGGUGGUCGGUUUCCUCGGGUGCUAUGGUGCCAUCCAGGAGUCCCAGUGUCUAUUAGGAACUUUCUUCGUCUGCCUGGUCAUCCUGUUCGCCUGUGAGGUUGCAGCUGGAAUCUGGGGCUUCAUGCACAAAGACACUGUGUCAAAGGAGAUGAUCAACUUCUAUGACUCUGUAUAUGACAAGGCCAUGACACAGAGCCUCACUGACCAGGACAAGAAAAAGGCUGCUGCAUCUGUCCUCAAGGUCUUCCAUGAGACGCUGAGCUGCUGUGGUAAAGGCCAGGGGACCUUUUUCCUGACACAGAUUACAGACACACUCGGCGUGACCGACCUCUGCCCCGCCAGCGGACAAAAAAUUAACUGCCACACCAGGAUCCAGGAAUUGUUCUCAGAUAAGAUUUAUCUGAUUGGUAUCGCCGCUCUGGUGGUUGCAGUGAUUAUGAUCUUUGAGAUGAUCUUCAGCAUGGUGUUGUGCUGCGGGAUCCGCAACAGUCCAGUGUACUAAAGCCACGGGGCUGCCAGCAUACUUGCCAAUGAAGGAAGGACGAGUGCAGUCUGUCUCAUUCAUUUUCUUUUCUUUUAUAAGCAGGAAACGUCACAUAUAUUGCUUGCUGGAUUUAGUCAGCUCGUUGAGAAGACAACGUAAACCCUCCUCCAUUGUGCAUUUUAAUUACACUGUCAAAUGAUUUUUUUGUUAGUCACAGAUGCUGUUAUGCAUAUUUGACCAGUACUAUCCUAACCUGAAAUGUAUUAUAUCACACUGUCACACAUGAAUUACUUUCACCAGUCCUGGUGCUCUAAUCCUCUAGGGAUUCAUUAGUUGUUUACUGCCUCCUUGCCUAUGAACAUGCCCUUAUAUUCUUGGUUUUAUGGAUGUUUUUUCACUGUUGUAUGUAUAAACUGUAUAUAAAUAUGUAUAUUAACAGUGCUUUAUGACUGCAUGAGCAUGGAUAUUACAGUAAAUUCCUCUCCUGUAUUCUUCCUGCACCCCCCGCUCACUUGUCUUGCCCUGUACUGAACCAGGUGAUGGUGUGUAAGAGCAGCACUAGUUAAGCACGCGUGUUGGUCUCACCACGCCACGCAUAGAGGUGAACAUGCACCGACACACUUCCCUGUCCUUCAGAUCAUUGUCUUGGUUCACAUCCACAUCAAAAGUAAAAUGAGAGGAUCAAUACCACUCUCAUUAGUCUUUAGGCUAAUAAAUGAAGCUGGAGCCAGCAGGUGAUUAGCUUAGCUUAGCAUAAAGACGGGAAGGAAGGGGAAGUGUGUGCUGGAAGCAUUUUUCUCCAGGUGCAGUGACGUCUGGAGUCUUGUUACUAUGUGUUUUCCAGACAAUCAGUGGAAACUCACACCUGGACAAAAAAAAGGGAGUUCCAGCAUGUCACGCCCCUUAACUGGAACUCAUAAUUAAUACCAACCCAAGUCGUAUUCAAAUCUCACAGAAUUACAUUUGUGCGUUUCACAAAUUGGUGAUGCUUUUCAGGGCUGUUGUAUUAAACUAGAUGUUAGUGUUCAUGCUUUUGUGUCUGCUGCCUUUGAAUUUCCUUUCUGAUAGUCUCAGACUAACUGCAGUGGUAAUAUUUGUAGUAGUAGAGGGCAGCGCAGCCACGUUGAUGCCAAUCAGUCUUACCCGCCUGCUGAAGUUCCACCUGGCAACUGAACGUGCUGAUUGUUUAGUCGAGUGGGCUUUUUAUUCCACCGCCAAGGCUUGAAAACAUUUGGUCCUGAAGUCUGUUCCAUCUGCCACUAACACAUAACUGCACCGCAACGCAUCAUAAACACACACUCGCAUAAAAUCGUGUCAUCUUGUGUAACCUUCCAUAUUAUCACAGUGUUCGUCAACCAACUAAAACGUUGUCUUGUUAACAUCUCAUACCUAAACUGAGAAACAGUAAAAGUGUCUUGUAAUAUUUACAGCUCUGACGUACUAAUGAAAAUAAUGAAGGCUGUAAAGAGACAAUGUAUGCCUUUUUUUCUCUUUGUAUUGUGAUAUCUUUGUCUGGUACGUUGUCAAAGGAGUCUGAACAGAAAGGGUGGAAGAUUUUGUGGCAGUGCAGACUGAGAGGACGUCCAACCCUCCAUACAUCAGAUAGUUUCUCCCUAGAAGUCAUUGAAAAAAAUGAUUGUAUGGACCGGUUGGUCCAGUCUUCCCCACUGAUGAGGGCACUAGCUGUGUUUCUCAGUACUGUCCAUGUUGCUGCCUUUUAAAUUUGGUAUCUGACACUCAGGUCCCACUGCCACUUAAAUCUCAACCUCUCUCUACUCUUGUAGACUUUGGUUUGCCCAUAUAUAAAGGGAUUAAAUGUAUUUUACAAAUAAA